AUGGUGCUUGGCAAGGUCGCCAUCGUCAUCGGCUCCGGAAUCGUCGGAUCAGUACUCACAGGCGGUGAGUCUGGCCUUCCCGACUUCAGGGAUGCAAUCUCUGGUGCUUUCAAGUUCUUGACCAAGAGUGCAAAGCAAGGCAAGGAUGGGCCGUCGACCAGCAGUCCACAUACUGCUCAGUUGCUGAACCAGGUCAAUUAUCUCAGAGAGGAGCUACAAAUGUUGUCUAAAUCAAAUCAUGUUGCUAUUGUCACUGUUGACGGUAGACCUGGCCCUGGUGCAUAUGGUAUAACAGCUGUUGUUAUUGGAGCUAUUGGCUAUUUAUUCAUAAGAUGGAAGGGGUGGAAACUUUCUGAUAUGAUGUUUGUGACGAAGCAUGGGUUAUCAGAUGCUUGCAAUGUAGUGGGGAAACAAGUGGAUCAGGUUUCAGAAAGUGUUAAUGUUGCAAAGAGACAUCUUGCCGAAAGGAUUGAUCGUGUAGAUUGUAGUUUAGAUGAAUGCCAAGAAAUUACAGAAGCCACAAGGGAAGAGGUUACAAUCAUCCAUGGAGAUCUAAGUGCCUUCCAGAAGGAAAUGGAAACAGUUCAUCUUGUAGUUCGUAGUUUGGAGACAAAGCUUGGACGCCUAGCCUAUACUCAAGAUCGGACAACACGAGGAAUAUAUGACUUGUGUGAAUUCACUAAAAAAUUGGAUCAGAGCCCGAAAGCUGAUACUCGCCAGGUUACAUCAUCGACUCCUCGUCCUGCUAUUGAAUCCUCAGAGAGAAUUAUUAGGGCUGCUUCUUUGCCCCCAGCUAUGGAACCAGAGUCUCCUAGAAUAGAGGCACCUAAGGUUGUGCGCUCAUCUACAAUCAUGUCAGCAUCGGGACUUAGUUUGCUAGCUGGAACUACAAUACCACCUAAAAGGGAUCAACCAGGUGCUCUCAGCAGAGCAAGUUCAAUGAAGGAAGGACCCUCUGAGUUACCGAGUGGUGUGCGAAACUCUGCGGAACCAAGCCCCAGGAGAUCUGGCGGUUCAACCCUGUUUGGAGGGCUUGGGUUUCUAAGGAGCUACACCAGCUGA